AAUUUAUACCCGAGUCGACUGACGUUUGACGGACACUAAGGCAUUUGAGUACAACGAAAAUGGCCACUGGCGCAAACGCAACUCCUUUAGGGAAGUUGCACCCUAGUAUUGGCGCUAAACGAGGAUUUGACGCUGGGCCUGGUGCUGGGAACGGGUUGAUGCCAACACCGGGGCCGCCCGCAACAUUUCCUUCUCUACAAGCUUUCCAGCCCGCGAUGGCAAGCGCAUCUUUUCCGCAACCACAUCAGUUCAUUCCUGGGACAGGUUUUUCACCCCAGGUCCCACAACAACCAACUGCGGUGGUCGGACUGGCCAAACCAGAUUUCAGUCAGAAGAAAUCACGAAAGAGGAGUCGUUGGAGCAGUGAGACUCCUGAUCAGAAGACAGUCAUACCGGGCAUGCCCACUGUUAUUCCCCCUGGACUGACCCGGGAUCAAGAGAGAGCCUAUAUAGUCCAACUGCAGAUUGAAGACCAGACUCGUAAACUGCGUACAGGAGACCUGGGAAUCCCUGUUAACCCUGAGGACAGGUCUCCCUCGCCAGAGCCCAUCUACAACAGCGAGGGCAAAAGGUUAAACACUCGAGAGUACCGGACGCGAAAGAAGAUUGAGGAGGAGCGUCACUCCCUCAUCACAGAGAUGGUUGGACUCAACCCUGACUUCAAGCCUCCUGCCGACUACAAACCUCCAGCCACCAGAGUCAACGACAAAGUUAUGAUUCCUCAAGAUGAGUACCCUGAAAUCAACUUUGUUGGUCUGCUAAUCGGGCCACGUGGUAACACGCUGAAGAACAUUGAGAAGGAGUGCUGUGCCAAGAUCAUGAUCCGGGGUAAAGGUUCUGUGAAGGAGGGGAAGGUAGGCCGGAAGGAUGGACAGAUGCUGCCAGGGGAAGAUGAGCCUCUGCAUGCCCUGGUCACUGCUAACACAAUGGAGAAUGUCAAGAAAGCUGUGGAGCAGAUUCGCAACAUUCUGAAGCAAGGUAUUGAGACGCCUGAGGAUCAGAAUGACCUACGAAAGAUGCAGCUGAGGGAGCUGGCCAGACUCAAUGGCACCCUGAGGGAAGAUGACAACAGGAUCCUUCGUCCUUGGCAGAACUCUGAGCCACGCAGCAUCACCAACACCACCCUCUGUACAAAGUGUGGUGGAGCAGGCCACAUCUCCUCCGACUGCAAGUACACCAGCUCAUUCGCCGCCCACAGAGCAACAGGGGGCGAGCCACCUCAGUCAGCCCAGGAUAAGGCUCGUAUGGACAAGGAGUAUCUGUCCCUGAUGGCUGAGCUAGGAGAAGCUCCUGUCCCCACAUCUGGUGGAGGACACUCCAACACCCAAGGCGGUGGGCAUCGGUCCUCAGGACCCAACAAUAACCAGCCACCACCGCAGAACCGCCCUCCUUGGAUGAGCUCUGGUCCGACUGAGAACAGGAACUACCAUGGCAUGCAUGGAGGGCAUGGUGGUCAUGGAGGACCCCACAACUACCCUCCCCCCAUGCCCAACAUGGGAGGACCACCUAUGCCCCCAAACCCCAAUGGCCUGCCUCCCCCCUGGAUGCAGCCCCCUCCUCCUCCUAUUGGCCAGGGUCCUGGACCUCACGGACACCCUAUGGGUCUGCUGCCACCUCCAAUGGGCAUGAUGCCACCUCCACCUCCUCCACCGAGCAAUCAGCCGCCGCCUCCCCCUUCUGGACCCCUGCCACCAUGGCAACAGCAAGCUCCACCUCCACCUCCAACCAGCAGCAUGGCAACCAGUACACCACUUCCCUGGCAACAGACUUGGUCAUCACAAAAGUUACAUUCAAGUCAGGCCAGGUCUGAUGGCUGUCCUAUAUUUGGUUAUGAUACCACCACCACCUCCAGCCCUGGCACUGGCACCUUGCCGCCAUGGCAGCAGCCCCAGCAGCCUGCAGCCUCAGGAGCCCAGCCCCCACCACCCAUGGGUACCCCAUCUAUGGUGCCUCCUCCCCCUGGCGUCCAGCCCCCAUUGCCCCCAGGUGCCCCUCCUCCUCCCCCUCCACCACCUCCAGGCUCAACUGGCAUGAUGUAUGCCCCUCCGCCGCCCCCGCCACCAAUGGACCCUUCCAACUUUGUCACCAUGAUGGGGAUGGGGGUACCAGGCAUGCCCCCCUUCGGCAUGCCUCCUGCCCCCCCACCUCCUCCACCCCAGAAUUAACCCUACCACAGAAGAAUCGUCCUCCCACAAGAGUUUCCACCCAGCAGCACAUUGUGGAUGUGUGCUCACAGAAAAAAAUAUAACCAGUGCUUUAUUUUUUAUUGAUCCUUGAUUGUGAAGACAUCUCUGAAACAAUGAAAAGGUUGUGUUAGUUAAAUUUGUAAAGUUGCGUAACUUCAGUAAAUGAGUUAUUUUUCCUGUUUUUAAAGUUUGUGUUAACUCAAAGCUCCUUGUGUGCAUACAAACACUGUUGCUGUCAGGCACAUGUUCAGCAAUGCUAUUGUAGUUUGUUACGUUACUUGUAUACCAAAUAAACAACUCAAAUAGCCA